GUGGGACUAAUAUUUAACGAAGCCAACGGCCGCAUGAAAAGAGAUGAACCCUCUCCACUGCAAAGCUUUUUAACACUCAACAUUUCCCUUUUCUUUCACCAAUCAUUUUAGUAGCAGUGUACUCUAAUCUUCACCGUUUAUUUGAUUUUGAUCAAUUAAAAAUGGGGAGUGUUUCAUCAGAGGAUGAAUUGGAUCGACUCAGUGAGCGGUUUGAUUUUGAUAGCUACAGUUUGAGUGCGGAUGUGAGUGAAUCUGAGAGCUCCAGUGACUUUUCUUACCGCUAUUAUGAUCAUCAUCAUGGCGGCGCUUCCACUUCUUCACCGCCACCUCAGUUACUUGACGGUUUCAUUUCUCCUCCGCCGCCUCUGCUUCAUAUAAUGCGGCCGGUAGCUGGUGCUAAGCAUAUCGUCAUUCCUGUGAGGAAGGAAGAUAAGCCAGAGCCGGAAUUAUCUGAGGUUGAAAUGAUGAAAGCAAGAUUUUCUAGGCUUCUGCUUGGCGAAGACAUGUUAGGUGGAGGAAAUGGCGUUUGUACAGCUCUUGCCAUCUCCAAUGCCAUUACAAAUCUAUCUGCUUCUGUUUUUGGGGAGCUAUGGAAGUUAGAGCCGCUAUCACCUCAAAAAAAGUCAAUGUGGAACCGAGAGAUGGAAUUGCUUUUAUGUGUGAGUGAUUCCAUUGUGGAGCUUGUGCCAUCCAAGCAAGAUUUCCCAGGCAGUGGAACCUUUGAGGUUAUGGUGCCCCGCCCUCGCUUAGACCUUUUUGUGAACCUUCCUGCCCUAAAGAAGCUUGACGCCAUGCUGCUUGACAUUCUUGAUGGGUUUUCGGGUUCUGAGUUUUACUACGUUGACCGUGGGGUGAUAGUUGCUGGUGGUGAUGAAACUCAAACAUUCACUUUGCCAUCAUCUUCUGCACGCCUGUCUAUCAGUAAUGAGAAGUGCUGGCUUCCAUUUCCUAAAGUACCCCAGAAUGGUUUAUCUGGAGAUACAAGAAAGAGCCUGCAGCAGUGUAAAGAGUGCACAAAUCAGAUCUUUAAGGCUGCAAUGGCAAUUAAUAGCAGUGUGUUGACUGAGAUGGAAGUUCCAAAUGCUUACCUGGAGAGCUUGCCCAAGAGCGGAAAAGCUUGUUUAGGUGAGGACAUAUAUCGCCACGUAGCUACCAAACGAUUCUCUCCUGAUAGUCUUCUGGAUUACUUAGACCUAUCGUCAGAGUAUUCCACCUUGGACGUAUCAAACAGGAUAGAAGCAGCUGCACAUAUUUGGAGGAAGAAGUACCUAAAAGGUCACAGCAUCCAUGAAAGGGCCGGGAAGAAGUCGACAUGGGGUGGCAGGGUUAAAGGAUUAGUUGGUGAAUUAGAAAGAAGUAAGCUUCUAGCACGACGAGCUGAGAUCCUCUUAGAUAGCUUAAGGCUACGGUUCCCAGCUCUCCCACAGACCACUUUGGACACAAACAAGAUUCAGUGUAACAAGGAUGUUGGACACGCCAUUAUUGAGAGCUAUUCUAGGGUGAUCGAAAGCUUAGCCUUUAAUAUGAUAUCAAGGAUUAAUGAUCUCUUAUAUGUGGAUGAUGCCACCAAGCAACGUGCAGCAGCAGAGUUGGCAUCUUGGUAUGACCAGGGAAGACUUGGGGUUGGUGCACAUCCAGAACAAAAUCAAAUGUCACUCGGCCCCGUUUCUUUUCGACACAGUUUCUCUGCUUCUUCGACUCCACUGCAGGCUUUCGACUCUUCUCGUGAGAAAACUAGAUUCUCUCAUGGAAGUGCAGAUCAUUUUACAAAGAAAGGCAAGAUUAGGAACUCGCCAAUUCAGACAUUACAGAAACUAACCUUCUGAUUCCUUGAGUAACCUCAUGAGCCUAGAAAUUCAUUAAUGUUUCACCAGGUUUAAGUAGUUUGAUUCACAAAGUGCAGUUGAUAGCUAUUGUGCAACGUUCCUUUAUGUAAAUUUCAUCUUGUAGUAUAUUUUCCUUAGGGGUGGGUGGUACUAGUAAGAAUCUUCAAUAGGAUAGCUUCUUUUGGUCACUAGCAUGCUUCUUAAAAAGGCCUUGUACUUAAAAAACUUCCCAGCAAAUGCAUUAAUUCUUUUUGCAUCA